GGCGCGCUCCCGGCCGCGCGGUCUCGGUCCCGCCCCGGGGAGGAGCGGAGGCGGCGGCCCCUCCCAUGGUGCCCCGCGCGCGGCAGAGCCCCGCGCAUGCGCACAGCGCCGCCGGCUCCCAGCUCAGCGCAAGAUGGCGGCGGGCGCGUCGGACCCGCUGGAGGAGAUGCUGCUCUUCUCCGAGGAGGUGGACGAGAAGGCGCUCAGCGACCUGGUGGGAUCCCUGGAAUCGCAGCUGGCCGGCGGUCGCGGCUCCGCCGAGGCGCCCCCGCCCAGGACCUCCGCCCCGUCCCAGCAGCCGCAGCCGCAGCAGGGGAGCCUGGCGGGGGGCAGCAGCCCCGGCCGGCAGCAGCACGGCCGCCCCGCGCCCCCUCCCGCGCCCGGGGCAGGGGAGGCGGCGGGGCCCCCCGGUAGCGCGGGGAGCCGAGCCCCCGCCCAGGGGCCUCUCCCGUCCCCGUCUCCCCCGGCGGCGGCGGCAGCGGCAGCGGCGGCUGGGAGGGGAGCGAGUGUAAACAGUAGUAGUGUGCAGCAAUCACAUGGAGCGGCUCCCGGCGGCGGCAGCCCCGCCGCUCCCGCCCCGCCGCAGUCCGCCGUCCCUGCCCAGCCUGUCAAUAACCAUGUGGCCGCUGCAGCUGCCGCCGCGCGGGACGCGGGGAGCCCCGGCCCCGGCCCCAGCCCGCCCGCCGCCGACGGCGCGCCCGGGGCCGCGGGAGACGGCGGGACCCUGGCGGGGGGCGGAGGAGCGGCGGGAGCGGCCGAGGGCGCCGCCGCUGUGCCCGCGCCGCGCCCCGGAGAAGCGGCGCCCACCGGGGAGGGCGCGGGGUCCCGGGCGGGCGCGGUGCCGCCCGUCAGCGGGCACGGCGGGGUCGCCGCCGCGCAGCCCCAGCCCGCGCCCGGCGCGCUGCCCGCGGUCACCGCGCUCGGCGCCUCCGCCAGCCCCGCGCCCGCACCGCCGGCCCCGCCGGCCCCCGCGGCCCCCGCCGCGCCCAAGCCCGCGGUCACCGCCAAGGCGGGCGCUGCCCUGCCUGCCGCCCCCCAGGCCGUGUCGCCGCGGCCGGCGCUGGGCGCUGCCCCCCGGAUCGUGGCCCCGCAGCUGAUCGUGCGGCCGCCGCCGCAGACCACCAUCCAGCUGCCCCCCGGCUUCACCAUCCCGCCCGGGAUGGUGCUGGUGCGCACGGACGCCGGGCAGCUCGUGAUGGUGCCGCAGCAGGCCCUGGCACAGGCUCAGAUGCAGGCUCAGGUGCAGACACAGGCCCAGGGUCCUGCCAGCAUGUCACCCAGGCUUUCUGUGCCCACAACUGGACCUGUUUUUCGCCUCUCAACAGCUCAGCAGCCGACGUCGGUGGCCACGUCCAGCGUCCGCCUGGGGCUCCCGGUGCAGGCCAAGGUGGUGCCGUCGGCGGGCGCGCUGCCCGCGGGGGCCGGGCUCCCUCACGCCACGGUAUCAGUAGCUACGACGAGUGCUCAAAAUUUGUUCAAGACAACAGUCUCAAGUGGACCCUCGGCGUCUCAGCAGGCUGCGGUGCUCGGGGGCGGGCAGAGCCAGGGCGCGGGCCCGCCCCAGGGGCAGCCCCGGCUGCCGCUGCCCCCUCACACGGCGGCGCAGGUGCCAGCACAGCCCCUGGUCAUCCCCAGCUCCCCCGUGCCCGGAACCACCGUGGUGUCGCAGGAAAUGCAAGAGAAUGUGAAAAAAUGUAAAAACUUCUUAGCUACCCUUAUAAAACUUGCUUCUCACAAUUCACCAUCUCCAGAAACGUCCCGCAAUGUGAAAGCUCUGGUUCAAGAUUUGUUGGACGCAAAGAUUGAUCCAGAAGAAUUUACAGGCCGCCUUCAAACAGAACUCAAAUCAUCUCCUCAGCCAUAUCUCGUACCUUUCCUUAAGAAAAGUCUACCUGCACUGAGACAAUCUUUACUGAAUAGUCAGCAUUUGGUUUUGCAAGGACAGCCGUCUCAGCAGUCGCUCCAACAGACCAAGCUCUCACAAGUGAUACCUCAGUCUGCCUCGGGAAGCAUUUCCUCUGUUGUCACCACACAGACAAUAGGAAUAAGGCAACCAAACAACAUUUGCACAGUCUCUGUAUCAAAUGCAGUGCAGCCUCCUCAGGUUAAGGUGGUACAGUCAAAUCAGAGUUCUCAACUGCAGAUUAUCCAGUCAACAUCUGCUCAAACUGUGAAACGAACCCCUGCUUGCCAGACUACCCAGAUUAGGAUGCCAGUGGUAAUAACUCAGACCAUUAGACCACAAGGCACAGUAGGGAAGGCACCAACAAUACAAGCCAGUAAAAGUCCUGGGGGCUUUGGUGUUCAGGUCUCUGCAAAUCAGAAAAACAAGCUGAAUGACCCUGGAGGUGGUUCUUUCAGAGAUGACGAUGACAUCAAUGACGUUGCCUCUAUGGCCGGCGUUAAUCUUAAUGAAGAAAGUGCCCGAAUUAUGGCAACCAACUCUGACCUGGUUGGAACCCAGAUCCAGUCCUGUAAGGAUGAACCCUUCCUUGCUGCUGUACCUCUCCACAAACGCAUACUUGAAACGGCUAAAAAACUAGGAAUUACUGAUGUGCCAGCUGAGGUCGUUACUUUUAUUUCCCAUGCAACACAGAACAGAUUAAGAACAGUGAUAGAGAAAGUGACAGUGAUAACCCAGCACCGGAUGGAGUCGUACAAAGACGAUGAAUGGUACGAGCAGGCCACAGAUGUCCGAGCACAGCUCAAGUUCUUCGAGCAGUUGGAGCGUUUAGAAAAGCAAAGGAAGGAUGAACAGGAGAGGGAAAUUUUGCUGAAGGCUGCCAAGAGUCGCUCAAGGCAAGAAGACCCAGAGCAAGCCAGACUGAAACAAAAAGCAAAGGAGAUGCAGCAGCAGGAGCUUGCCCAGAUGAGGCAGAGGGACGCCAACCUGACAGCCCUGGCAGCCAUCGGGCCCCGCAAGAAGCGGAAGCUGGACACGCCCGGCCUGCUCAGCAUGGGAGGAGAGGGCGCGGGGCCGUGCGGGGCCGGCGCGGCCGGGCUGGGCACGGGCUCCCCCCGGCAGUACCCGCGGCAGAAAAUCACCCGCGUCAACCUCAGGGACUUCAUCUUCUUCAUGGAGCAGGAGCGGGGCCUCAGCCGCUCCCUGCUGCUCUACCGGGCCCUGCUCAAAUAGCGCCAGCGCUCGCACUGACUGCUCCACGGAAGCUCAACCUGCAUUCAAAGCUGUCAUUUUAAUGUGCCUUCUAUUUUUUUCAGAAGUCAAUGUUCCAGUAAUUUUGUUUUGUAAAAUUGUCAGACACACGCAAUAAAUUCCCUUUAUGUAAAAAAAAUAAAAUAUAUAUAUAUAUAUAAACCACAAAAAUGUGCAAAAGGUUUUAAAAUGUUAACUCCACAAAUAAAAUCAGCAUGGAAGUCUUGCUUCAUUUGGCCCUGUUAGGUAAGGCUGAAGUAGCUGGUGUUGAAGUUCCACAAUGCAAAGGCUCAGCUGAACCAUCUCCCGGCCAGGCCUGGCACAGGGGCACAGGAGCAGUCCAGCCUUGGUGUUCACCUGAGUGCUCACUCACGGUGCUUGUUCUGUUUGCAGUUUACCUGUUGCUGUUUAACUUCGUUGUAAUGGCAAAUUUUUGCACAGCCAAGAGACCAGCCACUGCACACUCCCACAAAUUUUAUAUAUUUAGGAUUUUUGCUUUUACUGCACAGCUCAUUUCCUGAGCCAUUUGCUGAACCAAAUCUUAAGUGUAUGAAAUCUGUGUGUGGGGUCUCUGCUGAGUUACCUUGACUUGCUUCCAGUUCUUUUCUAAAUCUCAUCAACCUUUUGCGCAUUUGUAGCAGCUGGUUAGUAACAAGAUUCAAAGUUGGGUUUUAUUUUCUAAAAAAACGUUAAUUUAUUUAUUGCAAAGAGUAUGGUUUAAUGGUGGUUUUAAAAGAGACUAUUGUUCAGUAAAGAUUUUAGGGUAUUCUAUAUGGAUUUUUAAAGUCGCUGUAGAGAUUUUUGGGGGUUGCUUCUGCUCCUGGAGUGGGGAGAGCAGGAGAGCCCUGGCAGGCACCUGCAGUGAGGACACCUCUGCCCUGGACACCGCAGAGGCUCCAGGGCAGGCACGGGGCUUUAGGCAGGAGGAGCAGCUGUAAGAACCUGAGGGGGAAAUGCCUUUUACUGCUCUGCUGAAGCAGAAUUCGGGCGCACACAGAAGCUGAGCUGGAGAAAUGGGGAUGGAACAGGACACAAACGGGCAGGGGCAUGAGCUGUGCUGCAGAGCUAACAGUGUUACAGCCACCAUGCAAGGGACACACUCGCUUAUUUAUCUUCUCCGUUUGGACUAUGUUACGCUUGCCACUUUUUUGAGGCAAUACUUUUUUUUGAUGGGAAACCAUAGCGAAAGCACAAAUAGAACUAUUUGUCCAAUAGUUUUAAAAACAAAGGUUUUAAUUAUUUUUUAAGGUUUAUGAAAAGCAGAAGAAAAUUUAUACUGCUGCUAUUUAGCCAAAAGAUUAUUCAUAAGGUAUUUAAGGCCAGGAAGUGUAAAGUUAUGUUUUAAAUGUAUUGAUAAUUUGUACAUAUUGUUUAUAAAGGCCUUGUGUUUAUUAGAGUUACGUUAUUUUGAUGAUUUCUGUACAUACUGGUAAAUACCCCCAAUUUGUGUGAAAACAUACUCCCUUAUUUGUACUUAUUUUGUAAAGAAAUAAAACAAUUUACUAAAGUAA